AGCCGUUUGUUCGUCAAUCUGUAGCAACUGCGCCGCUUGUUUGAAAGCAAGGCCAAAAAAAAUCGCCACUUUGGUGUUCAUUACACAGAAAAACUAUAUGUGUGAUGUACACGUGUUCUGUUUUAAAUACGUGAAGACGGAUUCACGCUGUGAGGACAAUUUCAACACCGCUGAUCAUCUCCUGUGUUGUGGAUACGAUAUUGAGUGAAACUGGCCUGGAGAAAAUUCAGACUGUCUGCACAUCCUGCCUUUGCCUACACUAGGGCGUUUGGUGCCUGUGCCUGUUGCAGGCUGUGCAUGUUUGUUCCUCACCAGUGAUUCCUUAUGCUUGAUAGAAGCUGCACCCAGUGUCUUACAGGAUGGAUGGUGUGGACUUGAAGAGACUCGUGUAUCAACAUCAGCACUCUGCGUUCUGCUGUGGUGUUCACUCUUUUUCCAUUUAUAAGAGAACACCUCCCAUCUUACACUUCCACUCCCUGCACCGUAUAUAUAAGGAUCGUCUUUAAGCAAUAAAAACGACAGCUGAAGAUAGACGUCGUAAGACUUUCUAUCUUUUUUCUUUUUAAAGCACAAAUAGAUACUACUUACUUAAGCCUACAUGGCAGACAUGGAAGUAUCCUUAUUUUAGUUUUUCAGUUAUUGUACCCCCUUACUCUUAGUGUGGGUGGUGGGAUGUCGGAAAAGCCAGACGACAAAAUGGUGAAGUUCCUGGCUCCCCCUCAGAAAAGUGGAAAUGGCCCCAGUUCUGGUUCAGAUUCGAUGGUGAGUGAGUGUCGGCCAGUGGAAGUGAGGCGCCGGCAUCACACCAUGGAGCGUGAUCGAUGUAACCCUGAACACCGGUUUUUGCGUCGCAGUGUCAUCAGUGAUUCCAAUGCUACAGCAUUGGCCCUCCCCUUACCCAGCAAGAUCCCCAUCCCUGCACCUCAGCGGGUUCCGCCACGGGAAGCAGUACGGCAAAAGGCUCCUGUUGCUCACCUAGCAAAGCCUGAGUCAAGUUUAGCGCAAAAUGAGGAGUCUGCUGAUCGUGGAAGAGAAAAGCAAGAAGGAAAAGAUACAGAAAUAGCCAAGGUGGAUGUAGUGCCUUCAGAGCAGGUGCCUGCUAUUGUACAAGAUAUCUGUGAUGGAGAGCCGGUGGUAGCAGCCCACUCUGCACCAUGCUUAGGAACUGAAUUGCCAAGACAAACAGAACCUGAAAUUGUUGAGGGAAAGGUACAUCCUGAAGAAGAGGAGGCAGAGGAAGAUAAGGAUUCUGCCAAGGCACGAGCAGAAGCAGAGCAAAGAGAAGCUGAGAAAAAAGUGCAGGAUGACAACGAAGAGGCAGAGACCAAAGCAGUGGGAACAUCACCAGAUGGACGUUUCCUGAAGUUUGAUAUAGAAAUUGGACGGGGCUCCUUCAAGACUGUCUACAAGGGCUUGGACACUGAGACCACAGUGGAGGUGGCUUGGUGUGAGCUGCAGGAUCGUAAGCUGUCAAAGGCAGAGCGGCAACGCUUUAAGGAGGAAGCUGGAAUGUUAAAGGGACUCCAGCAUCCCAACAUUGUUCGCUUUUAUGACUCCUGGGAGGGACCCUCCAAAGGCAGGAAGUGCAUUGUAUUGGUCACAGAACUCAUGACUUCUGGCACACUCAAAACAUAUCUGAAGCGUUUCAAGGUGAUGAAAAUUAAAGUGCUGAGGAGCUGGUGUAGACAAAUCCUCAAGGGACUCCACUUCCUUCAUACUCGGGCUCCCCCAAUCAUCCACAGAGACCUUAAGUGUGACAACAUUUUCAUCACAGGCCCGACAGGAUCCGUCAAGAUUGGAGACCUGGGACUUGCUACACUGAAGCGUGCAUCAUUUGCCAAGAGUGUUAUAGGUACCCCUGAGUUCAUGGCGCCUGAGAUGUAUGAGGAGAAGUACGACGAGUCAGUGGAUGUGUAUGCCUUUGGAAUGUGCAUGCUGGAGAUGGCCACCUCAGAGUACCCUUACUCAGAGUGCCAGAACGCUGCACAGAUCUACCGCAGAGUUACCAGCGGGGUGAAGCCAGGCAGCUUCGACAAGGUGGCCAUUCCUGAAGUGAAGGAGAUCAUCGAGGGAUGUAUUCGCCAAAACAAGGAUGAGAGGUACUCUAUCAAGGACCUUCUGAACCAUGCCUUCUUCCAGGAGGAUACAGGCGUGCGUGUGGAGCUGGCAGAAGAGGACGAUGGGGAGAUGCAGGCUAUUAAGUUGUGGCUGAGAAUUGAAGAUAUAAAAAAGCUAAAGGGGAAGUACAAAGACAACGAAGCGAUUGAGUUUUCUUUUGACCUCAACAAAGAUGUCCCAGAGGAUGUGGCUCAGGAAAUGGUUGAGUCGGGUUAUGUGUGUGAAGGUGACCACAAGACCAUUGCAAAGGCCAUUAAGGACAGAGUAUCUCUCAUCAGUCGCAAGAGGGCACAACGUCAGCAGGUCAGAGAAGAUCAAGAGAAGAGAAGGCUGGAGGAAGAACUGCAGAGCCAGUCAGUGCCAGCACAUCAACCAGGCCAACAGUCCGGCAUGGAGGUUCCUCAGUCACAACCAGUGCCGCAGCCUGCUUCGUAUGUCCCUCCACAACCCAACCAACACAGCACACAGAUGUCUGCCCAACCAGCAUCUCAGCAGAGCCUUCAGAGUUCUAACUACAACACUCCACAACCAACACAACUGACUGGCAUGACGCAGGGGCCCCCUUAUGUCCCCCAGUCAAUUGGGCAAGUCCCAGUCCCACUUCAGGGUCAGAGUGUAGCUGCAGUCCAGCCAGAGUCCAAGGAGCCUGAGGCUGAUCAACACCAACUGUUACAGCACACUGGAGGAAUGAGUCACAUGGGAGAUAAACUACCUGGUUCCACCAUCCUUCCUGAGGCCCAGCCUCCCCAGCCUGGAGUAUCCUACACCUCUCCUCCCAGUCAGCACCUCCAGCCCCAGGCAUCAUGCCCGCAGACACAAAAUGAUCAACCACAGCAGCAGCAGUUGUCAGUGGUUCAACCCCAGAUGCAGGGUGUCCAGCCUGAAGUUGUUCCUGUUGCACCCACCAGCCAGUCUGUUCCAGGGGCACCUCCACAGUAUGGAGUUUACUACCAACCAACGCUCCCCCCUCAGAUUCCUUCCCAGCAAGUGAUCAUGCCCCCAUCCUCUCAGUCGUCUCUCCCCCAGCAACAGCCAGAGAGCAGCAGUAUUCUUCAGAGCUCUGCUCUACCACAAGCACAGCCUGGAGCUCAGCAGCUACAGUCUUGGGCCAAUGAUCCAAGUCCUCCUGUCCUGUCUCCUCCACUCAACGCAGAGCACCUAUACUUUCUCUAUCAGGCUUCAUGCCUCUCUAUUCUGCAGGCUCCUGUGAGUAUUCCUCAGUCAGCACCCGUGGAGCAGCCAGCAGGAUCUUCUGCACUAGCGCCACCAUCUGCAGAUAGCUGCCUGUCAGACGCAGCUUCAGGUCUUAGUGACGGCAAUGAUGGAAGUUCUACAUCAGGUGGUCGACAUGAGGGCCGCUCACUGAAGCGUCACCAGCGGCGAUCUGUACGCAGCCGCUCUCGCCACGAGAAGACUUCAAAGGCCAAGCUUAAUGUUCUGAGUAUCUCUAAUGUGGGCGACAGAGUAGCAGAGUGCCAGCUGGAAACACACAACAGGAAGAUGGUGACCUUCAGAUUUGACCUUGAUGGUGAUAACCCAGAGGAGAUUGCACAGAUCAUGGUUCUAAGUGAGUUCAUCUUGGAGAGUGAGAGAGAGUCCUUCAUUGAGCAGGUCCGUGAAGUCAUAGAAAUGGCUGAUGAGAAAGGAGAGGGCAUGAAGGAAGGCUUUCCCCAGAUGAGUGAUCUUCAACAACAGCCUGAGCUGUCUGUUCCUAUGCUGCCAGGUAUUUCUCCGAGCACUACAGCUCAGGUGGUGCAUUCAGCAGGACGAAGGUUUAUAGUCAGCCCAGUGCCAGAGUCUCGCCUUAAAGAACAGUUCUUUGGAGGAUCCUCUGCUAAUACCUCCUUUGGAGAUGAACCUCCUGCAGCUCCCCAGACGACAUUGGGCCUUUCUCUCUCUGCUCCAUCCGGGACUCUCCAGCAGGCUUUCAGUAAAAUGAAGCAGACUCAUGUAGUGAGAGGCAACACCAUUGAUCUCCCUGCUGCUGAGCAAGAACUAGGCAUUGUCCCGCCCACUGAGGCUGGCCCAAACUCUAACAAUAACCUGACUCCUCCAGAAGCUGUAGCCUCCAGCACCAGCACUGCUUUUCCUACUGGGUCUCUCACAUCUACUACAACAUCUUCAUCUCCUCACUCAGCUGGGAGGGUCUCCCCUCCACCUUCAUCUAUUCAGUCCAAGGCUGUCACCAGUGACCCCAGUUCACCACCCCAGACUUCCCAUGAAACAGCCCCCUCACAGCUUCCAGCAGCUGCUAGUAUCCCUCCAUCAUCUUCCACCAUUUCUCCUCCAUCAACACAGGCAUCCGUCCCUGUAGCUCCUGGGCCUCAGCUGAGCAGUACUUCCGUCUCCUCUGUUUCUGGUGGUACAUCUAGUAGCACUGCAACUGUCCCUGCUUCAGAGCAGCAGCCCUUUAAUAGUGCUUCUCAGCAUGCAGCCUCCCAGUCCAUUUCUGCUCCGUCCGCUCCUCCCACCUCAUUAACCAGUCAGAGCCAGGUCCAGCCACAGCCAGUGGAGGCAGAAGGGGCUGAGCUCCAAACCAAGGCAGCUGGUAGAGAUGACAUCCAAGCUCUAGAUAAAAAGCUACGGUCCCUUUUUAAAGACCAGAGCGCUGCCUCCUCAGCAUCGGCAGAUCCCAGUCAGAACACAGGGACCUCCUCUCCUCCCACUGGGACUUCUUCCCCUCCACCUGGAUCUGCCAUAGUGCCACCCUCCAACCUUCCCCUCACCUCUGGGGCACAAGGUGUCCUGGGCCCCACAACCACUCCAGGACAGGGAAUAACACCAGCAGGACAUGCCCAGACCCCUCCAACUAAGCCCAGGGCACAGACCUUACCAACGGGUUUUGACCAAGCCGUUACACCCCCCUCUGACCUUGUGCCCCCAUUUCCUGGACCAAAUCAGUCACAACAACCCCUGGGUAAUUUGGACGCCCAGCUGAGGAGAGCUCUGAGUCCAGAGACUGUUCAGGGAGGCAACGCUGCCCAGCCUCCAGCAGCAGGUUUCACUCUGGGACGUUUCCAAGUAUCUGUUGCUCCUGAUGGCACAUCCAGCAGUGUGCCAGAUCCCUCCAGCAUUGUCUCUUCUUCUUCUCUUACGCCGUCCUCUACUUCCACAUCGUCUUCUUCUUCAUCAUCGUCCUCUUCGCCCUCAAGUCCAGAAAAUACUCUCCACAGAUCAUCCACUCUGUCCAAAGGAGUCUGUGUACCUGAUUCUGUAAAUGGAGCCUCAUCUCAUUCUGUUGGUGCUGCCAGUCAGUCCACCACUAUUGGGCGCUUCCAAGUUUCCGCGAGCAACAACGGCACAUCUCAGCCAGCCGCUGGCUCUAAAGUGGGCCGAUUUUCUGUCACAGUGACCCCCGCUCCAGCAGCAAGCCCCAGUCUAUCACACGGCUCUGGUAUCCAGAAUGGACCCUCAUCCUCCACCUCUGACCCUCAAAACACACAUGCCCAUUAUAGCAGCGACAAUGACGACGACUCGGAGACGGAGGAUGAAGCCUUGCAAAAAGAAAUUAGUCGUCUGAGGGAAAAACAUAUGAUGGAGAUUCAGGCCUUGCAAACUCGUCAGAAAGAGGAGAUUGAGGCCCUGUUCACGCGGAUGGGAAAACAUCCUCCCCCUUCUGUCUUGUCGCCUGCUGUUGCCAUGGCUGGAGGUCGACGUCGGCUCAAAAGCAAAGGCCACAAAUCUGCUCGCAGUAGUGGGCAGCCCAGCCCCAUACACUCAGCCUCCCCUCAGAGUCACGGUUCAGAGUCCCCUCCGAAACAAAGUUCACACUCAGCAACAGAGGCCUCCGAACCUGCAGCAGAGGCGUUUCUAGCAGCAAGCAGGUCGUCCAUACCACAGCUCACAUCCUCUCCAUCCAUGCCCAGCCUCAGUACCUGCUCCACAGGAUCAAGUGGGACCAGCUCCACAAAUGGUUCAGGCCACUGUCAGAGCCACUCUACUUCCCUUUCCCAGGCCUCUGCACUCACUGCCCCUGCCUCUCACACCCAGAAGGGCAAGGGGACCUUCACUGAUGACCUGCACAAGCUCGUGGAUAACUGGGCCAGAGAUGCCAUCAGCCUCUCCCAGUGCAAGAGAGGUCCAAAAACUGGAGCACAGGCAGCCCUGGGACAUGAAAUUAUCCCUCCAGCCAACAUGGGACGUAAAUUUUCCGCUCCAGGCUACCUCUGCCCAACGCUUCCCACUCCCUCCAGCUCCACGUCCACCACCGGCACUCACCUCCCCAACCCAACCAACCCCGCGGUCCCCCUGGGGCCUCGUAAAGGCUCUCUGGGCCCAGUUGCCCCGGGUUUCGGAUACGCCUCAGCCCCGUACAGUGCUCCCCAGUGGGCGGGACCCACAGGCACAUGCCAGGUCAACAUGCUUAAUCCUGCACAGCCGCUGACUCAGUAUCAGCCGCCUACGACAGCCUCUGCAUCCCUGCACCAAGGCUACCACAUGGGAACUACAUCAGCCCCCCAGAAGUCAGUCAGCCCCGGAGGGUCUAACCUGAGGCCCACGUAGCCCAGUCCGAGCCCCGGUCCAGGCUGAGACGUAGGGCCGCACAGGACGGAGAGGCCGCUGAUGGAGAACCACAGCCUCUCUUUGCAAUUUGCUGGUUGGCUGGCUCGGUAUUGUGCAUUUUAUUUCAACUUUUAAUCAUAUGUGUUAUUUCUGUGAUACAGUUGACCUGUGUGGUUCAAGUCCUUUCAGGCAGAACAAAAUCUGUCUGGCAAUUGGAGGGAGAGUGCAAUACCCAUCCACAGCACAAAAGUCUCACACUUAGCCUGCCAUUAGCUGUGGAAACGAGCUGUGACGAGUUGGUUGGUUGUGUCGACCCGACGGCACGACCAGCCGCAGCCAAAGAUGUCUUUUGAGCGCAGACGUUGCAAUAUCGUCAUUCCUUUGAAGGGGAGAGUUAGGGAGGGACUGUGGUUCAAAUCCUUACUGGUCUGGACUUUAAGCCAAGCGGGGACUGAAGACAGUUGAAGUAAUACAUGACAAACAUGUGCACACACACAUCUGACUAAACAUUAACCAGCUUGAGUGACUUGGGAUGGUAGGUUAGGCUGAGUGAGGGGAGAAUGUGAGUGUACAGAAAGUGACACACAAGAAUGGGACAGUUCGUUUGUCCUACAUGGAGAAGUGAAGCGACUAGUAGAGUUAGGAGAAGAAAGACUUUGUAAGUUAGGCAGGAGAACGAAUAGGGUUGCAGUAUGAAUAUAUCCCUGUGGCAAUAAUGGUGAAGUAGAUAAACUGUCCCUUGUAACUGUGGCCUUAAUCCCCAAACACAUUUAAAACAUUGGCUCUGUACAUAGAAUUUUCUUCACUGGGUUAUGAUUCUACGUUUAUCAUAUUUAUGUCUCUGUGAGAGUCUGGUGUCGUCGUGAUUUGAGUUGUCUAUCAUACAGAUUUAUUAUUCUGAUUUAUUCUUCACAUCUGACAUGGAAGCCAGUGGAUCUGCCACACAAAGAAGCUGGUGUUGAGCACCAUUCAGAGUUUGGAGCUGAAGAGGUGAUGCUGCUGUAGAUCACUUAUCUGAGUAGAGGGUGUUUGCAGGGUGUUGAGUUGUUUGUCUUAUUUUUGUUUUGUAUUUUCCCAAACGGACACAUGAAACCACUUCACUUUGUGCUGAGCUGUGCGCUAUGGUUCACGAUCUGCUUAUCAUAUCGAAAAUUGAGCAUUUUUAUUUUUUCGGUUAGUAUUUGAGGACUGAGGAGAAUGUCCCGCUUCUCCCAGAUGUUUACAGCGACAGGUUGUCAGUGAAGUCUCGUCACAUCAAAAUAUUUCUACCCUUAAGAUUUAGCUGUGACCUCUCAAAUCACAAGUGUCUGGGGUUCUCUCUUCCUGUGGUCUGUUUUUGUAUGCGUAUAUUUAAUAAAACAAACAACAAUGUUCUUUAUGGACCUGUAUUCAGCCAUCAGAUUUUGAUGUUGUUUCACUGUAAUUACUAUUAAAGGUUGUUAAACAACAUGUAGUUAAAGGAAUAUAAAAAGUGCAAUUGCAGGGUUGUUGUUGUUCUUGGUAUCCACCCACCCUGCAGGAAUAAUCCUGCAGUUUAUUAAGCUCUAUCUAUGACUGCCCUGCCCUCCUUUUUCUAUUUUAUUGUAAAUAUGUUCAUGUGAGGUAAAUGCUUUCACAUAACGCUCAGUCACUAGAGUAUGCUUGUGGUGACUCACGUAAAAUGCACAUGCACUCUAAUCUGUAAACACGAGGAACACUUUAGUGCCUUGCAUCCUCACUAAUGACAAGUUCCAGAUCCAUCUAGUCCUGUAGCUGUAGCUGUACUGCAGAAAACCAGUUAACCAAACCAGUACACGACGCGAACACCACCCGACACGGCCAGUUCAGAGCAUGCGACACUGAAACAGACGGACUGCAGAACAAAGAGCACACCGAGUGGAAACCGUUUCUUUUCUCUCUCCAGUUACGUUGGUUGUGCAAUCAGCUGUGUAUUUCUGUUUGGCUCAUGUGAACAUGCGUUUGGCUGACGUUUGUUUUUGUGGAUUUAUCAUUAAAAUAGUUGAUAGAAACACUUGUUCAGGCAGCAAGUGAGCUGUACAAAGGUUUCAAAGCUGUCAUGCUGACUCGACUUCUCUCACCACCUCACACGAGUGCCAUGCUGUUGUCGUGACUCUUUCGCCUGCUCGUAGAUUGAAUGAAUAGUUUAACUUCUCUAGAGAAAAAAUAAGUUACUGCAAUGCAGAAUAUGCAAUGUUUAAAGUUUUAUAGGGACUGAGGGGUAUUGGAAACAUUUGCAUGCUGAUGAGGGUUGUUGCCGACUUCAAUGUUUUUGAUAUUGGAAUAUUAGAGAUUGGUUUUUUUGUUUUGUUUUUUUUUUAUUCUUUGCCUUCCAGCAAGUAUCACAAGUGUUGAUCUGUUCUGUUGCCAUUUAUCGAUAUCACAGGCACAACUUCAGUAUCAGACUAUUAGCAUACGAGUUCUGCAUGCCGGCUUCUCUGGUGUUUAACCAUACAAACGACAAACUCACAACUGGCCACUGUACAGCACAAGCUCACCAUGAGGUUUAACAUCCAUGUGCUACUAAGCUAUUCUCAUUAAUUAUCACAGACCGCUCUACACAGCUAUACUCUUUUUUCUGAUCCCUCCUUACUGACUUUCUGUGAUUCAGUGUCUGUUUUUUCUGUGUAUGUUUUUCACAUUGUACAAAUUGUAAAAACAAAUAAAAAUAAUAUCGAUUAAAA